ACUCUCCAACCUUGAUCAUGAAUACAUGACUUACCUAUUCUUCACGUGAAACUACAUGACAUUAAACAUGAUGACUAACUAAGCUAUUAUUCAAACCUAAGGUUAAACCUUAUGACUAACUACUACUACUACUACAUGACUAACUAACUACUAUUCAACUAUGACAUUAAAUGACAUGAGCAGCUAAUUACUGUUCAACUUGGACAUGAAACUAGAUGACUAAUUAACUCGUCUCCAGCCUUGACUUUAAACUGAAUGACCAGCUAACUACUGUUGAAUUCUGACAUGAAACUACAUGACUAACUAAUCUAUUAUUCAAACCUUAUGUUCAACAACAUGACUAACUACUCUUCAGCUUUGACAUUAAACUACAUGACAAACUAACUACUAUUCAACGUUGACGUUAAACUACAUGACAAACUAACUAGUCAUCAUGACUAACUAAUUUCUGACCUUGACAUUAAACAAAUUACUCUUGACUAACUGGCCUCCAACCUUGAGAUUAAACUAAAUGACCAACUAACUACUUUUCAACUUUGACACUACAUUAACUAGUUGACUAACUAGCCGUCAUGAUUAACUAGUCUCCAGCCUUGACAUUAAACGAAUUACUCUUGACUAACUACGCUUCAACUCUGACAUGAAACUACACGACUAACUAGCGUUCGUCUUUGACAUGACACUACAUGACCGACUAACGUAGUCUUCAGCCCUCACGCUAAACUACUCUUCACCUUUCACGUGAAGCUACACGACCGACUAGCUAGCCUCCUCUCUUGACGUGAAAUGUGUGUGUGUGUGUGUAGGUGUAGAUGUUGUGUCGUGUUGUAUGGUUUUAUGAAAUGAAACAUGUCAUGAAAGUAGAGAGAAGGGGGGUGGGGGUUCUCUCUGACAUUUCCGGGUCCUGUGACCGUGCGUGCAAGAGGAGGAGGAGGAGGCGGAGGAGAAGGAAGCAGCAAUGUAAUGAGUUGCAUGUGGACCAGAUGUAGACUUGCUCGGUCCUUUACAGCCUCCUUCCUUCUUUCUCUCGUUCUUUCUGUGUGUGUGUGUGUGUGUGCGUGUGUGCGUGUGUGCGCGCGCGCAGACCGGAGGAAAGCCUCCUCCGUCCUCAUGAUACAAGUUUGUCAGCUAAUCUAAACAACACAAACACACAACACACAAGUUGUCCGUAGGUCGUCAUCAUGGCCGGAGGUUCGGUGUCGGAGUGCAAGGAGUACUUGUUCAAGGUUCUGGUGAUCGGCGAGCUGGGCGUGGGGAAGACCAGCAUCAUCAAGCGCUACGUGCACCAGCUUUUCUCCCAACACUACCGCGCCACCAUCGGCGUCGACUUCGCCCUCAAAGUCAUCAACUGGGACAGCAAGACGCUGGUUCGCUUGCAACUGUGGGACAUCGCGGGUCAGGAGCGCUUCGGGAACAUGACCAGGGUCUACUACAAGGAGGCCGUGGGGGCGUUGGUGGUGUUCGACGUGACGAGGGGCUCCACGUUCGAGGCCGUGUCCAAGUGGAAGCACGACCUGGACAGCAAGGUGAAGCUGGCCAACGGCAGCCCCAUCCCCUCCGUGCUGCUGGCCAACAAGUGCGACCAGAAGAAGGAAGGGUCCAACAACACGGCCCUCAUGGACAAUUUCUGCAAAGAGACGGGCUUCCUGGGGUGGUUUGAAACCUCGGCCAAGGACAACAUCAACGUGGACGAGGCGGCACGCUUCCUGGUGGAGAACAUCCUGGCAAACGACAAGGGCUUGCCCUACGAGGAGAGCAACGGAGACCGCAUCAAACUGGACGGCCGGGAGACCGUGGCGGCCGAGAGCAAACCUGGCUGCUGCUAACACUCGCACCGUUCACCCAGCACGACAGCACACGAGUCCGCAGCCUCUUUCAGCACAAGCCAGGGUGGAAAUAUUGGGAAACUACAGGAGGACCGAGGCUUGCUUGACCUUUUUAGUUUUUGUUUUUUAAUACUAGCCUUCACUAGAGGAGAAUAUCCGAUUUCCAAAAUAGUACGACAGCCGCCAUCAUGCCGCCAAACCACCGUGUGUUCAUUCCACCACGAACAAAGAACCCAACCUUAAUUACUUGAAGUUGGCUCCUCAGCCCUGGACUCUACCUGGCAACAAGGGCUCAGCAGUCUGUUUCUUUCUUUUAUUUGUGAUAAAGUAGCGUAAGUGUAUUGACGACACACUUCAAUUUUGAGUGUUUGUGUUUUUGCGUUGGGCUUUAAAAAAUAAAAUGCACUCACGUAUUUCUUGGAUUGGACUGCUGUGUAAUAUGACAUCACAGCUAAGCAUUGACAAGGAAGUGCUUCACUCCGCAGUCCUGACAUAUUGUGCCAUAGCACAGCACGUCCUCCUAUAGUGGCCUUCAAAUGAGUGCCUGCUACUCUCUGCAUUUGACUAAAUAGCCCAGACACAGUAUUUCUGUAAUGUAGCUAUUAUUUGUUUUUAAAUGCAUCAGAUUUCAUGUUUGAGAAUCAGAAAAAAAAUGUUUUUUUUAAGGUUUAUGGCGAGAAAGAGAGAGAUGCUGUCCAGAUUAAAUGUAUUUAUCUUC